AUGAUGAUGCCAGAUGAUCAUCAUCACCUCUCAUUUCCCAGCUAUGUCCUUCACCAAGAACAUAUCAUCCCUGAUCCAAACCCUAACCCUAAUCCUACCUCCUCAAACUCAGCCAAGAGGAAGAGAAAUCUCCCUGGAAAUCCAGAUCCAGAUGCAGAAGUCAUCGGUCUAUCACCAAACUCGCUCAUGGCAACGAACCGAUUCAUCUGCGAGAUCUGCAACAAAGGGUUUAAGAGAGACCAGAACCUUCAGCUUCACCGGAGAGGCCAUAACCUUCCAUGGAAGCUAAAGCAAAGAACGAACAAGGAACCAGUGAAGAAAAAAGUCUACAUCUGUCCGGAGAAGAGCUGCGUACACCACGACCCGGCUCGAGCCCUCGGUGACUUAACCGGAAUCAAGAAGCAUUUCAGCAGGAAACAUGGAGAGAAGAAGUGGAAAUGCGACAAGUGCUCCAAGAAAUAUGCUGUCAUGUCCGAUUGGAAAGCUCAUAGCAAGAUUUGUGGUACUAGAGAGUACAGAUGUGACUGCGGCACUCUUUUUUCCAGAAAAGAUAGUUUCAUCACACAUAGAGCUUUUUGUGACGCUUUAGCUGAAGAGAGUGCUAGAUUUGUUUCGGUUCCACCAGCCGCACCCGCACCCGCAUAUUUGAACAAUGCCACGGAUGCGGAAGUCAAUCCAAAUCAUCAACAUCAACUACUUAAUACUACGUCGUCUUCCCAAUUGGAUCAACCCGGUUUCAAUAUCAACCGCAAUAACAUUAAUUCCUUCUUGGGACAAACAACCUUCACGAACCAGCAUUCCUUACCAACCAACGUCUUCGCGUCCUCAUCAUCUCCAUCGCCUCGUAGUGCGUCCGAUUCGCUUCAAAAUCUAUGGCAUUUACAAGGACAAUCAUCUCAUCAAUGGCUUCUAAACGAAAACAACAACAACAUUCUCCAAAGGGGAAUCUCCAAGAAUCAAGAAGAAUACGAGACAAAGAAGGGAAUUACUAAUGGUUCUUUGUUCUCUUCGGAAGCACGAAACAACACUAAUAGUUAUAACCAAAACGGUGGACAAGUAAUAGGGACAAUGUCGGCCACUGCAUUGCUACAGAAGGCGGCUCAAAUGGGGUCAAAGAGAUCAUCAUCAUCAAGCUCAAACAAUAGCACGGGUUUUGGUCUAAUGACUUCAUCCAUCUUCAACAACAAGCAAACGGAGAAUAAUAUCAAAACUAAGGAAGUUGAUGAAAGAGGCUUCACUAGAGACUUUCUUGGUGUGGGAAGUCAACACCGUCCUUGGCCAUUAUUGAUGGUUAACCAUAAUAUUCCCCACUCGUCUCCUCCGCCCACCACCAACGAUACACCAACCGCCGACAUGAAUCACUAA